GGCUGCAACCAGCGUCCUACCCUGCCCUACCCUACCCUGCCCUGCCUUGCCUUUUGUUCACUGUGUUUCCAAGGCAGGGUUCUGUUUUUUCUUCCCCCUGUGUCGAUGUGGGGGAUAUCGAAGUGAAGGAGAAAGCCCAGAGCCCGGAAUGGCAAGAUGAGCCGUGCUCGGCUGCUGGUAGCUUUUUAACCCUUGCGGUGCUCAGGACGUGUCCCGGCCGGCCAGACCUGCACCAGCAACUGGAUGCAGCAGCCAGCUCAGCCCAGCCCUAGCUUGGGGUAAGGUAGUUUCUAUUCGUGUGAGAGACGUUAUGAAUUACAGAGAAAUGAUGCAUUCAGUGGGCUGCAGUAACACCAGCUGCUAUCAGUCUGAGAAGGAGGUUGCUGAUGAUGUGAGCAGCGAUGAACAGUUUGACUUGUGUUCGUCUCAACCGGACAAACAUUACGGGAACAGCUACAAGCCCAUAAGCUGCGUGAAGCAGGAGUCGCCGGAGGAGCCGAGUUCCCAACUGGGCGUCGGGAGAACCGCAGAGGCCCAGGACGACGUGAAACGGAGGAAAAACAUUUUCCGAGCGGGGAAGAGAGGAAGGCCGGCUGGGACGACGAAAGCUGCUGGCUACAGAACCAGUACGGGCCGACCUUUGGGAACAACAAAGGCAGCUGGGUUUAAGACCAGCCCGGGCAGGCCCUUGGGCACGACCAAGGCAGCAGGAUAUCGGGUCAGCCCUGGAAGGCCGCCAGCUGACAUCCAAAGAGAUGCUGAUGCCUCAAAACAAUUGCCUGCUGAAAGGAAUGAAAUAAUUUCCAAUGCAAUCGGUGAUGCUGAACUUGAAGAAACAGAUGAACAGAGUAAAGGGAAAAUCCAGUUUCCAACGGCAGAAAUAGCUGAUGCUGUUCUGGGAAGUGCAAUUACCUCAAAUCAAAAAACUUUACUGUCUCUUAUUCAGAAUAUUAAAAGUGAACACUCCACGUUUGAAGUCAAAGAUAGUCCCUGUACCGAUGCAAGUGGAGAGAACGGAGAAUGCAGUGUCCCAAAGGAAGUAGUGCCUUCCCUCGCACAUGCUCCAUCCAGUAGUCCGGAGGGAGAGCUACCUGAAAAGAAAGCCACAAAUGCUGUGGAACCAGCGCAGACUGUGAGCGCAGCCGUGGAAGAAUCGAAUGCUACUGGAACGGCCAAAUCACCAAAAGUAAACUGUGAAGAAAGAAAUAUCACUGGAUUAGAUCACUUUAUCGUACAAAUCCUUAACAGCUCGCAAGACCUCAUGGAAUAUCUGAGUGCCAAUGGCAGUGACUGCUCUGUGGUCCUAUUCUACACACCAUGGUGUCGAUUCUCUGCAGACCUUGGUCCACAUUUCAAUGCAUUACCGCGUGCUUUUCCCUCCCUACAGUUUCUGGCACUGGAUGCAUCUCAGCACAGCAGUCUUUCUACCAGGUUUGGUACAGUUGCGGUUCCUAACAUCCUCCUGUUUCAAGGUGUGAAGCCAAUGGCAAGGUUUAACCAUACGGACAGAACACUAUCAACCUUGAGAGCAUUUAUCUUUAAUCAAACGGGUAUUGAAGCAAAUGGCACAGUUGAAGUGAUUGAACAGGAUCUAAGUGGACCUCUUCCCAGCGUGGUGGUGAGAGGCAUUGACUGGCUACUUGCCUUCUCUGUGAUGUUCCUCUGUGUGUUUCUAAUUUAUGGUACAAUUCAAUCAGACAGCAUCAAAUGGUUGAUCCCAGGACAAGAGCACGAGCACCAGGAUUGAACUCUUGCAGGGAGGUAGUCACAACUUGGAGCAAAGAACAGCUACACUGGCGAUCUACAGUAUUUAUGAAAAUAUUCAUAAAUGGGUUGGCCUUUUAUCAUCAUGUUGCUGUUUAUGUGGGGAUUUAUGUAAAUAUGUGUAAUUAUGAAUAAAUGUCAUCUCUACCAAA